AUGGCUCGACUAGCAAACCUAUUCAACAAAGUCCAUCUUCAAUUCCCACAAGCUACCAACGAACACUAUCACGAUACACACCAAGAUCAUCCCGCUCAGAGUCCAAGUCAACGUCAUCAAGAAUAUAAUAUAACCGCAACCAACAACGGCAAUCCAAUUCACAGAUCUCAAGGAACAUCACAAUAUCAGCAUGACCCCGGAAAUGAGGGAUCGAUGCACGACUUUUGCAACGCGUUUUGGGGCGAAAGUGGAUAUGAGAUUCUAAUGUCUCGAGUCAAACAGUCCUCAAGAAUGCUAGAAGAUCUCAAGACUUGGUAUAAGGAACGAUCGGCGAUCGAAUUAGAAUACUCCAAGAAGCUCUUCAGACUCAGCAAAUCUCCCGUCCUUGCUAGUGCCACCGCCAAUCUCGAAUCCAUCGGAUUAAGAUCCGCUCUCGAAUCCAUUCGCAUUAGUACCGAAAAAUCCGCGCAUUGUCAUGCCGAACUAUCUGGUACUUUCAAAACUGCCUUGUACGGGAAAUUUUCCACGUUUAUUAAUACCCGUGAUUCAGUCAAGAAGAAUCCCCAAGCUACGGUGGAAAAACUGCGCAAAACUUUGGUUGAUUUACAAGUGCUACAUGAAAAAGCCAGGAGAAAAUUCGAAUCAGAUGCCAUUGCGAGUACUGGUUAUGUUACUCAACUCCAACUGGUCCAAGGUCGUGAUUCGGAUAAAGUAUCCAACAAGCUGGAUAAAGUCCAUAUGAGUAUUAAGGUUACUGAAAAAGAAUAUCGGACUCACAACAAGAAUCUUCAGGAUACCAUCAAUGAAUGGAAUACCCAAUGGAAACAAUUUUGCGACUUGAUUCAAGAUCAGGAAGAAGACCGGAUAGAUUUUGUCAGAAACACUUUUUGGGACUAUGCAAAUGCCGUCUCUGCUAUUUGUGUCGCCGAAGAUGAACAAUGUGAGUGUAUCCGACAAUCACUUGAACGUUGUGAAGCCAAUAAAGAUGUUAGAAACUAUGUUCGUCAAGCAGCAACCGGGAAUGAAUAUACACUUGCCCCAAGUUUUGUGGAUUAUACAGCAGGAGAAAUUCCACGUCCGGCUGCGGUACUGACGGCCAAUUUCAUCCGAACUACGACACGGAAGCCUGAGGACACUACAUUAGUGCCGUUAAGCAAGCCACUCCAAGGGAUGGUCCAAUCCAUCAAAGCCGGCCCCCCUCUACCCAUUGAACCUCUUCAUCAGAACGGAAAGAAUGGGAAUACUGCUUGGGAGAAUAAGAAUAGGAUUAAACGGGGCGGCGCGAUUGCAGAAGCAGUGGCUAGUAUGAGUCUCAAUAAUCCUUCACAACAAAAUCCUAAUCCAAAUCAGCAUCAUCAUCAAUCCGAAAGAAAACCCGAAAUGUUAACGGCCGACAACUUGGAUCAUCUUCAACGGAUCAUCGGACAAUCUACUGCAAAUGGCGUCGUUCAUCAACCCGGUCUCGGCUAUCCAUCCGACCGUCCAUGUAAUGACCAACCCCUCAAAACCAUAUCGCCGAACCCUUACCUCAGUCCUCAAUAUGGCCAACCAAUUGUUCACCAUCAAAACCAAAACUAUGCAAGCCUUGAUGGCCAACAACCUAGUUCCCAAACUUCUCCCAACAACAAGAGAUAUUUCCCAUUGACACCAGUCAACUUGAACGAUCGACCUCUUCCCCCUCCGCCACUUUGAUUCAAUGUCAUAUACACACUCUUCCUUCUGUUCCGUCAUGUGCUCCGUUCUUUAAUUAAAUUAUGCUUGCCUAAAUCUCUCUUGUAUUCGUCACUCAUAUAUUCUCAAAAACAACUUCAAAAUCAACCAUGCUCAGUCCAUACGAUGUCAUACAUAGGAUAGGUAUACAUGUAUCCUUAUAACCUACAAAUAUAAAAUCAGUCCCAUCUGUUAUCAGUCGCAUGAGUCAUCUUUCAAUUCUUUUUUUGGGCUUCAGACCUCCUUGGUUCGGAUCACGGUCAAUAUCACAUUUAGAUGAAAGAAAAAAAAAAACACGUCCUGUUGAUGCUUUCAUCACAUACAUCGGACUGGACAUGGUACCCUCAUCUAAAAAU